AUGACGCUCGAGGAAACACUGAGAAGAGCAGCCAUGAAGGACAAGAAAACGGUGAUCAUCACGACCCUAAACGCGGCGUGGACUGAACCGAAGUCCAUAUUGGACCUCUUUAUCGAGUCCUUCAAAAUUGGAAACGGAACCGAAAAGCUAUUGAGACAUGUCGUGGUUGGGGCAUUGGACCAAAAGGCAUAUUCUCGUUGUUUGCAAGUGCCAUUUCUCCAUUGUUAUCGCCUUACAACACAAGGCGUUGACUUCUCCGGCGAAGCUUUCUUCAUGUCAGAAGAUUAUUUGAAGUUGGUGUGGAGAAAGAUUGAUUUUCAACGCGAGGUUCUCGAGUUAGGAUUUGACUUCGUUUUCACGGACGCUGACGUAAUGUGGCUGAGGGACCCAUUCGAAAGGUUUUACCCGAACGUUGACUUCCAACUCUCGUGCGACCACUACUGGUUUAACUCCACCGAUCGGAACAACUCGCCCAACAGUGGCUUCAGUUACGCCCGGUCCAACAACCGAACCAUCCAAUUCUACAACUUUUGGUACGAGAGCCGAGAACGUUUCCCAGGAAAACACGACCAGGACGCCCUCAACAUGCUCAAGUUCGACCCAUUUGUUGAGGAGAUUGGGCUUGGGAUGCGGUUCCUUGACACAGCCCAUUUCGGUGGGUUCUGCGAGCCCAGCAAGGAUCUGGACCUUGUGGUCACAAUGCAUGCCAACUGCUGUAUUGGGAUUGGGAACAAGAUCCAUGACAUUAACAUGACCAUUAAUGACUGGAAAAAGUAUGCGUCGCUGCCCUAUGGAGAGCGCAAUGACGUGCUCAAUAAGAUAAAGUUCGACCCCUUCAUUAGGGCCAUUGGACUACAGAUCAAGUUUCUUGACACGGUUUAUUUUGGGGGCUUCUUCCAGCCAAAGCAAGGACUUGAACCUCAUGUGCACGAUGCAUGCAAACUGCUGUGCUGGCUUGGACAAUAA